CAUGUACAAUGUAGCGCAUUAUACUUGCCCAUGUCGCUAAGAGUACUUGCCCUUGCCUAUGAUUGAUCAUCUAUGUAACAUGUUGCCUGAAAGAAGCUGUUACCGAUUAGAUACAUACAUCGUGUCAGGCCUUGUUCUCUCCACUAAGAAGCCUUAAAGCUAAGACUAAGGACCCAUUGGAAGACCGUUGCCGGUCGUCCAGAAAACCAAAAAAACACUUUAACCACCCGCAAAUCUUCCCACCUUCUCUUUCUCUUCCCUCAAACCUUUUCCGUUCCUCCAUCGACUUUCUUUUAAUACCAAUUCCCAAGGCAUCGUCGUAAAAACCGCAACCAUGGGAUACACCGAGACAGAUUGGCUCGCCAUCAACACGAUCCGUGUUCUUGCUGUCGAUGCCACCUUCGCAUCCAACUCGGGCCACCCUGGCGCGCCCAUGGGUAUGGCACCGGUUGCCCACGUUCUAUUUAACAAGUUCAUGAAGUUCAACCCCAAGAACCCAAAGUGGCUGAACCGUGAUCGAUUCGUUCUCUCCAACGGGCACGGAUGCAUGCUCCAAUACGCUCUCCUCCACCUUUUUGGAUAUGAACUAUCUAUAGAUGACAUUAAGAACUUCCGAAGAGUGGACAGUAUCACUCCCGGACACCCCGAGGCCCAUGAUACCCCGGGUAUCGAAGUUACUACUGGUCCUCUUGGACAGGGUAUCUCCAAUGCUGUUGGUCUUGCUAUUGCUCAGGCCCAAACAGCUGCUACUUUCAACAAGGAUGGCUUCCCUCUUGUCGACAACUACACCUACAGCUUCCUGGGAGACGGUUGCUUGAUGGAGGGUGUUUCUAGCGAAGCUAGCUCUUUGGCUGGUCACUUGCAACUAGGCAACUUGAUCGCUAUCUACGAUGACAACCAGAUCACUAUCGACGGUGACACCGCUUGCGCUUUUACCGAGGAUGUCGUUAAGCGAUACGAGGCGUACGGCUGGCACGUUGAAAUUGUCACUGAUGGUGACAACGACCUUGAGGCCAUCGAGAAGGCUAUCCAAAAGUGCAAAGACGUCAAGGACAAGCCCUCAUUGAUCAAGCUCAAGACUACUAUCGGUUUUGGUUCCCUGCAACAGGGUACCCACGGAGUUCACGGCUCCCCCCUGAAGGCUGACGACAUUAAGCAGCUCAAGCAGAAGUUCGGCUUCAACCCUGAACAGUCUUUUGUCGUACCCCAAGAAGUGUACGACUUAUAUGGCAAGAAGGCUACCGAGGGCGCAGCUCUUGAAGAAGAAUGGAACAAGCUAUUCGCUAGCUACGCUACAAAGUACCAAGCCGAGCAUGCCGACCUCUCCCGUCGUCUGAAGGGCGACCUCCCCGAAGGUUGGGAGAAGAACCUUCCCGUAUACACCCCUAAGGAUGCUGCCGUAGCGUCUCGAAAGCUCUCCGAGAUCGUUCUGUCGAAGAUCGAAGCUGCUAUUCCUGAGCUCAUUGGUGGUUCCGCCGAUUUGACAGGGUCUAACUUGACACGAUGGAAGGAAGCUACCGACUUUCAGCCACCAUCGACUGGGCUGGGUAACUACGCCGGCCGAUACAUCCGAUACGGUGUCCGUGAGCACGGUAUGGGCGCUAUCAUGAACGGUAUUGCUGCCUACGGCACCCUUAUCCCAUACUCAGGUACUUUCCUAAACUUCGUCUCGUAUGCUGCUGGUGCCGUGCGUCUUUCUGCGCUGUCGCAAGUUCGAACUAUCUGGGUCGCCACCCACGACUCUAUUGGUCUCGGUGAAGAUGGUCCUACUCACCAACCGAUCGAGACACUCGCCCACUUCCGCGCCCUGCCUAACAUGAUGGUAUGGCGACCGGCAGACGGUAACGAGACCAGCAGUGCUUACUACGUGGCCUUGACGUCUAAGCACACCUCUAGCAUCAUCGCUUUAUCGCGACAAAACUUGCCUCAACUCGAGGGUUCGACCAUCGAGAAGGCGAACAAGGGUGGCUACGUCUUGCACGAUGUUGAGGGUGCCGACAUCACACUCGUUUCAACCGGUUCGGAAGUCUGCAUCUGCAUUGACGCUGUCAAGUACCUCCAAGAGAACCACGGCCUGAAGGCGCGUGUCGUAUCCAUUCCCUGCUUCGAGGUCUUCGACGCGCAAACCAAGGAAUACAGACUGAGCGUUCUCCCUGACGGUAUCCCGUCUCUAUCCGUCGAGGUCAUGAGCACAAUGGGUUGGGAGAGAUAUACCCACGAGCAGUUCGGCCUAAACCGAUUCGGUGCUUCUGGCGCUUAUAAGGACGUCUACAAGAAAUUCGAAUUCACCCCUGAAGGUGUCUCGAAGAGGGCUGUCGCCACCGUCGAGUUCUGGAAGGACGUCCCCAACAUCCGUUCGCCUAUCAACCGCGCGUUCCAGCAGCUCAUUUAAAAAUUUAGACUAGCGAUGUUGUUUAGUCUUGGUGCGGUUAUGUUAGUUGGCGCAAUGAACCAGACGGUGUUCGUGGACAUAUAGAUUUGCGAGCCAAAAUAAUCCGAUAUCACGAGAAAUGCAAUGAAUUAAACAGAAGUAUCCCUAUAGAGGCUAUCUGUAGAUAAAUACAAAUUGGCCUACUUAUGAAA